CUUCAUUUCCAAUUUUUUAUGUUGGUGGCCUUUUUUCCCGUUAGUUGAGCUUGAUGUGAUUUUUACUUCACCUCAAAUUGGGUGUGAAUCAGUUUUGAAAGAGACACGCAUUGUUCAGCUUUUGCUGUCAAUAUAUGCUGGGUUUCACCCUAGUAUCCUACUGUUCUUUGGAUUUUUCUCUUGUGGUUUUCCAUCUUCUUAUCCCUUCUUUAUCUUUCCUUUCUGCUUCUUGUUGGGUAGUUUGUUCCUCUGUUGGCCUCUGAUCUGUGUGAUUAUCUUAUGUUUGUGUGUGCGCGCAAUUUAUUCAGAAAUUAGAAUGUUUUCAUCUUAAAGUGUCCAAACGAUGCUGUGGGUUUUCUUUCCUCGCUUGAAUUUCAUUUGUAUCAAUUGUCCCAAAAUCCUCAACUCAAUCGAAUCAAUUGAAGUGGACAGAUUUCUCUGAGGAUUAAACUCGUUGGGGCCAUGGAACAUGAUUAUGCAACGUCUAGUGGAAAUGGACGGACUAACAAUGGCCACAUGGUUAUGAUGAACUCUUCUUAUCAACCCAGCGCCAAGGUUUCUCUAACUUGGCUUGAUUUGAGACUUUUUUAUGUUCGAGUUAGCAAAUGUGAAAUUGAUGAUUCCACUCCCGAGUACCUCACAGUCAACCAUGUUCCCCUCAACCGUGAUACUCUUCUUGAAGUCAAUGGUGUUAGAGCUAGUAUAUAUUCUGAUGGGGUGUCAACUCUUCUUAGAAGAGAUCGAUUGGAUAAGAAGUCUGAAGAGGCUACUUUUGUGAGUACUGAUAGUAUCAGGAUGACAGGAAGUGUGAAGUUUGAGGUCUUCGACAAGGAUCUUCUUGUGUUGUCUGGAAUUUUAGAAUUGCGUAAUCAGAAUGGUUCUGUCAGGGAAUUGAAUAAUCAAGGUUGGGCAUGGAUCAUGAAUUGUAAAUCUAAUGUAACUGUGGGUACUGGCUUCUUCAAGGGAAAGCAAUUGUUGGGGCCAGAGUUGGCUUCACCUACAAUGGAGGUCUACAUUGCAGGGUCCUGUUCGGGCACUCCAAUUAUCUUAACAAACGCUUUGCAACUUACUCAUCGAAGGAAGCAUGUGAGGAAGGGCACGUUGGUUGCAAUACCUGAGUAUGAAGCGACUGAAGGGCAGAAACUUGUUCCUUCCAUGCUUGCUUUGCAGAUGUCAGAACUCCCAAACCACAAACCAGAAAACGAAGACACCUACAAUAGCCAGUACCCUGGAACAGCAUAUUUUGAAGGUGAAGAUGAAGAACUUUCGUGGUUCAAUGCUGGGGUAAGGGUGGGUGUUGGGAUUGGUCUUAGCAUUUGUCUUGGAGUUGGAAUUGGAGUGGGCUUGCUGGUUCGAACCUACCAAGGCACCACCCGUAACUUCAGAAGGCGGCUACCAUAAUCCAGGCUUUUCCUGUUUGCCCAUCUUGCCAAAUUCCAUCCAUUCAACUCUUCAGUGAUGAAAAACAGUUAAUUUGGUGGUACUUUUGGCAUGUGUCUGUUGUCAUUGAGGAGGCUCGUCUCUUUGGAAUCAAGUGCAGGAAAUGCAUGACUUCAGGCCUCCUUGGUCUCUCCUGGGGCUAAGCCUUUCCUCUAGUAGAGAAGGACCACUGGUUUUGGAUGAACAAUCACGCAAGCAGGAAAUUUGAGAUCCUCGUUAGUAUGUUGAGAUCCUCAUGUAAGUUGUGCAGUCUACAGCGGCCUUAAAUAUCUGUGAAGUUCAGCUGCUUUUGUUUUGUAAGGUAUUAAUAGCCGUGAGGUUUUUGUAAUGGAAGGAUGUGUAGGAUGUAGAUCCCCUCGACUGCUCAUGACUCAGACUUCUUUAUACUUAUUUUGCAUCUGUUAGCUUUGCUUGAUGUCUGUGUUGUAGCAUAAUGUGCCGUGAACAUGUUAAACUAAGAGUGAGAGCGGACACAAGAUCAAGUCACUGCUAGUGUUAAUGCAAAAUCCAAUCAAAAGCUGUAAAAAGUGAAUAUUUCCGAUAUAUGUAUACAAAUUUAUAUUAUUGGUUC